AGCGUCUGGGUGACGAAAGGCCUGGGAAGGGGCGUGGCCCCUCCGUGACUUGCCGCCAGGAAGGGGGAGGGACUCCAGUGACGCGACGCGGGGAGGGGGCAGGCGUUCAUUGAUAAAAACGCCGGGCUCCCUCGGGCGCGAGCGCAGCGUAGCAAAUCCAGGCAGUGCCACGCGCGGCCGGGGCCGGGCGGAACCGAGAACAAGCUGGGCCCGCGCUGCGACGCGCCGCCCGCAUGGAGCCCGCCGCCGGCUUCCUGUCCCCGCGCCCCUUCCCGCGAGCGGCCGCCCCGCCCGCGCCCCCCGCCGGGCCGGGACCGCCUCCGAGCGCCUUGCCGGGACCUGAGCUGGAGAUGCUGGCCGUGCCGCCCGCGCCAGACCCUGGGCGCCUCAUUACCGACCCGCGCAGCGGUCGCACCUACUUCAAAGGCCGCUUGUUGGGAAAGGGGGGCUUCGCCCGCUGCUACGAGGCCACUGACACAGAGACCGGCAGCGCCUACGCUGUCAAAGUCAUCCCGCAGAGCCGCGUCGCCAAGCCGCAUCAGCGCGAGAAGAUCCUAAACGAGAUUGAACUGCACCGAGACCUGCAGCACCGCCACAUCGUGCGUUUUUCGCACCACUUUGAGGACAAUGACAACAUAUACAUUUUUCUGGAGCUCUGCAGCCGAAAGUCUCUGGCCCACAUCUGGAAGGCCCGGCACACCUUGUUGGAGCCCGAGGUGCGCUACUACCUGCGGCAGAUCCUCUCUGGCCUCAAGUACUUGCACCAGCGGGGCAUCCUGCACCGGGACCUCAAGCUGGGAAACUUUUUUAUUACUGAGAACAUGGAACUGAAGGUGGGGGAUUUUGGGCUGGCAGCCCGGUUGGAGCCCCCGGAGCAGAGGAAGAAGACCAUCUGUGGCACCCCCAACUAUGUGGCUCCAGAAGUGCUGCUGAGACAGGGCCACGGCCCUGAGGCGGACGUGUGGUCACUGGGCUGUGUCAUGUACACACUGCUCUGUGGGAGCCCCCCCUUUGAGACGGCUGACCUGAAGGAGACGUACCGCUGCAUCAAGCAGGUUCACUACACGCUGCCUGCCAGCCUCUCGCUGCCUGCCCGGCAGCUCCUGGCCGCCAUCCUUCGGGCCUCACCACGAGACCGCCCAUCUAUUGACCAGAUCCUGCGCCAUGACUUCUUUACCAAGGGCUACACCCCCGAUCGGCUCCCUGUCAGCAGCUGUGUGACAGUACCCGACCUGACACCCCCCAACCCAGCUAAAAGUCUGUUUGCCAAAGUCACCAAGACCCUCUUCGGCAGGAAGAAGAAGAGUAAGAACCAUUCCGAGGAGCGGGACGAGGUCUCCUGUUUGGUGAGCGGCCUCAUGCACACGUCCAUUGGCCAUCACGAUGCCAGGCCUGAGGCUCCAACAGCUUCUGGUCCAGCCCCUGUCAGUCUGGUAGACACAGCACCUGAGGACAGCUCACCCCGUGGGACGCUGGCAAGCAGUGGAGAUGGGUUCGAAGAAGGUCUCACUGUGGCCACAGUGGUGGAGUCGGCCCUCUGUGCUCUGAGAAACUGUGUGGCCUUCAUGCCCCCAGCGGAACAGAACCCGGCUCCCCUGGCCCAGCCAGAACCUCUGGUGUGGGUCAGCAAGUGGGUUGACUACUCCAACAAGUUUGGCUUUGGGUAUCAACUGUCCAGCCGCCGUGUAGCUGUGCUCUUCAAUGAUGGCACACACAUGGCCCUGUCGGCCAAUAGAAAGACUGUGCACUACAAUCCCACCAGCACAAAGCACUUCUCCUUCUCCGUGGGUGCUGUGCCCCGGGCCCUGCAGCCUCAGCUAGGCAUCCUGCGGUAUUUCGCCUCCUACAUGGAGCAGCACCUCAUGAAGGGUGGAGAUCUGCCCAGUGUGGAAGAGGUAGAGAUGCCUGCCCCACCCUUGCUGCUGCAGUGGGUCAAGACGGAUCAGGCCCUACUCAUGCUGUUUAGUGAUGGUACUGUCCAGGUGAACUUCUACGGGGACCACACCAAGCUGAUCCUCAGUGGCUGGGAGCCCCUUCUUGUGACUUUUGUGGCCCGAAAUCGCAGUGCUUACACUUACCUCGCUUCUCACCUUCGGCAGCUGGGCUGCUCCCCAGACCUGCGGCAGCGACUACGCUAUGCUCUGCGCCUGCUCCGUGACCGUAGCCCAACCUAGGCCUCAGCCUACAGAGCAGGCUGCAACCCAAGCCCUCAGGCCUGAGGCCUGUGCCUGUAAGGCUCUGGCCUUUGCCUUUGUGGCCCUCCCCAUCCUUUUGGUGCCUCACUGGGGGCUUUGGGCUGAAUCCCCCAGGGAAUCAGGGACCACCUUUACUGGAGUUGGGGGUGGCCUGUCCUCUGUCGCCUACCCUCUCCAAGAUAAGCCUGAGCCUUAGCUCCCAGCUAGGGGGCGUUAUUUAUGGACCACUUUUAUUUAUUGUCAGACAUUUAUUUAUUGGGAUGUGAUCCCCAGGGGGACCUCCUCCUGGGUUAAUAAACCGUUUUGCAGAA